AUGAAGAAGGUGGUGCUGAAAUUGGAUUUGAACGAUGACAAGGCCAAGCAGAAGGCACUCAAGACGGUGUCGACUCUGUCUGGAAUCGAUUCAAUCGCCAUGGACAUGAAGGAGAGGAAAAUGACGGUAAUAGGGUCGGUGGAUCCAGUGAACGUGGUGAGCAAGCUGCGGAAGUACUGGCCCACGACGGACAUCAUCCUAGUUGGGCCGGCCAAGGAGCCCGAGAAGAAAGAGGAGCCCAAGAAGGAGGAAGGCAAGAAAGAGGACGACGGCGGCAAGAAGCCCGAAGAAGAGCCCAAGAAGGAAGAAGGCGGAGAGAAGAAAGAAGGGGACAAGAAAGGGGAGGAGAAGAAGGAGGAAGGCGACGGAGGGGAGAAGAAGGAUGGGGACAAGAAGGAUGGGGAGGAGAAGAAGAAGGAUCAACCGGCGGCGGCCGGAGCGGCGGCGACAAUGCCUCCGCCGGACCCGGUGCUGGAGCUUGUGAGGGCUUACAGGGCGUAUAAUCCUCACAUGACGACUCAUUACUACGUUCAGAGCAUGGAGGAGAACCCAAAUGCGUGCGUCAUUUGUUGA